AAGGAGGUCAUGUGAACACUACGUCAUCGCGUCACAAGGCAAACAAUAUGGCUACCUACUUGGUUUCGUGUUUACCCGUAGCUGUUGUUAACUGUCAGAUGCGGAACUUUGAUAUUUUUGCUAACUAAAUAAUAGUUUGGCUCCUUUCUCUUGAUAGUAUAUGUGUACCGGCACCUGUUUAUUCGCUUAUAGCCGGCUUGACAAAAGGUAUAUUUAUCUACGUAGCCGCAUCUAUCCAGGUCAGACCUUUCAGUCACAGUCACCUAGAUAAAAUAAUGGCCACGACAUUUGUCAUCGGGGAUAAAUUCAGAAACAAUGCGUCGAAAUUAUUAGAAAAGACUGACUCGUCCCUGCCCCAACAACUGAGGGAAGAACUGGAGGAGACUCUUAAAAAAACGGGCCCAACAACCCUGUCCUUCAGUACGGCAAGAAAACUCCAGAAAUACCUUCAAGGCAAUGGGCAACCUUUCUACCUGCAUGAGUUAUUGGAGGACAGCUCACUGUACCUGCCUGAGGUUGUGAAACCUCCCAGAAACCCCCAGCUAGUGGCACGUCUCGAGAAGAUCAAAGCAAAACUAGCCAACGAGGAGUACAACAGAAUCACACGUAAUGUGAACACUCAGGAAAUCAACCGCAAUGGAACAUUAGCAGAUUUUGGGAAAGAAGUGCGAUCAGUCAAAGCUGUGGUGGUGACCAUAUUCAACUUCCUGGUCACAGUGGUUGCUGCUUUUGCCUGUUCAUAUAUGGGAAGUCAGUACCUGUUCACUGACACUGCAGCGCGAGUAAUAUCGGCAGUGAUCGCUGCAUCUGUAGUUGGACUUGCUGAGCUGUAUGUGCUGGUCCGGACCAUGGAGGGAGAACUAGGGGAACCAUAGGUGCAAAAACUGUAAGCUGUAGCAGCCCUCGAAGCAGAACCCCACCAACCUGCGUUUGAAUUUACAACAUACUUUUUUUGUUUUUUUCCAGGAAAUUUUGUGAUCUUUUUGCUUUUCAUUUGAUAGGAAAAUGUAUGUAAUUUUGAGUAAGUAACUUAAGUUAAUAAAAAUGUACAAAUCAAUCAUAGAAGUUAACUGGUUCUAAAUGAAAUCUGUUGGAUCUAUGAUAUCAUAAACUGUUAAUAUUUA